AUGGUUAAGACAGCAUACGCCCUUACUCUUUGUGCCGCUGUGGCAUUGGCUGCGCCUCUGCCUCCGAGCGAGAAUGAUGCGGGAACUGGUGUGGUUCAUAUGCGCCGUGAUGGCAGCGGUAACUUUAUCGGUGCCGGUACAGCAGGUGGCGAAGUAAACGAUAUGAUUGCUUCGCUGCUGAAUCCCAAACUGAGCUCUCGAGAUGGCGAGCCGGCGGAUGACAAGAAGACUGCCGCCGAUGAGAAGCCCGCUGGUGAUGACAAGGAUUCGAAAGAUGGUAAAGAUGGCAAGGAUGCGAAGGGUAAGAAGAAGAAGCCCGAGCCCCCUCAACACCAUAUCAUCAACAGCCUUCCGAUCAUUGGUCAGCUCCUGGGUGGUGUGCCGAAGCGAGGCGUCGACCAUGCUCCUCGCUCGUUGACCGGUGAUCUCAGCAAUUUCCCUAUCUUGGGAAAGCUGUUUGGUGGGAACCAAGCUCAUCCAGCCAACACCGGUAAGAAGCAGACCCGAUCUGUUAAUGGAUAUCCCUUGUACGGCGGCCAGAACUGGGGCCAGAACGAGGGUCAGAAUUAUGGCCAGAAUGCUGGUCAGAACCAUGGUCAGAACGAGGGUCAGAAUUAUGGCCAGAAUGCUGGUCAGAACCAUGGUCAGAACGAGGGCCAAAAUGAGGGUCAGAACGAGGGUCAGAAUGAAGGUCAGAAUUGGCUCCAGAACUAUGGCCAGAACGAAGGACAAAACUACGCUCAAAACCACCGUCAAGAGCAGGGAUUUGAAGAAAGACCCACAACCAAGAAUGGCCGCCGCAGUGAGAAUGCCGAUGAGAUGAAGCUCGGUGGCAUCAGUGACACCGUAACCGGUGUCUUGUCGAGCGGCCUUGAUGCUGCUGACACCGUGAUGCCGUUCCGACGCAGCCAGAAUGCCCACGGUGAACCCGAUGCUUUGGACAGUGCUACCGACGCUGCUGAUGUCGCCGACAGCAUCCUCAUGCCCUCCUCUUCAUCUUCGUCUACCCCCUCGGCCUCGUCUACCAGCAGCCCAAGCGACCCCUUCCGCCUGAUGAAGGAACUCGCCAGUGAGGCUGGUCUCGGCGCGCUGGUUGGUAACGCCCACCACGGCGUUGGUAUCCUCCCGUACGAGACCCGUGAUACUUCCCCCGUUCAAGGCUCUACUCUCCCCGAUGUCAUCCUUGAGAGUGGUGUCGUUGGGAAGGUCACCCACUUCCUUUCUAACCCCAUUGGUGGCAAGCCCGGCGCUGAUGCCCCCGCUGCUGGUGCUGCUGGUGCUGCCCCUGCGGCCGGUGCCCAGGCCGGUGCCCCAGCUGGUGCUGGCGGCACUGGUGGUGCUGGCGCCCCUAAGGCUGGCGGCCCUACUCCUCCCCAAGCGGCCAGGAAGUAG